AUGGAAACUUUACCUGUAAACUCCUUCUUCCCCUUAUGUUUCUUGCUAAUUCUUUUGUUUUCAGAGUCUGUAGGAAGUUGGAAUAGCUGUCCAGAACCUGAAACAUCAUGUGGGAAACUUCCUGUUCGGUUUCCUUUCCGAGUAAAAGGACACCAAUCAAAACAGUGCGGCUAUCCUGGGUUUGAUUUAGAAUGUUCUUCUGCCAAACAUGCUGUUCUUGAGCUUCCUGGAUCAGUCAAGCUUAAUGUCAAACGUAUUGAUUACAAAUCCCAAACCAUUCAGUUAUAUGAUCCUUCUGGUUGCCUUUUAAGGCAUGUCCGUUAUCUCACUCUACUUCAUUCCCCUUUCCAGUUCAUAGACCGCUAUCUUUAUGACUUUACAAUUUUCAAUUGCUCGUCACCAAGGGACAUAAUACUACAUUCAAGGUGUCUAAGCGGCUCAACCUAUCAAGUAUAUGCCGUUUAUUCUGAUGAGGAUAUCGAAGUGCUUCCCUUAUUUUGCAAAAAAAUAUUCAACGUUUCAUCCAUCCCAUUUGACAUUAUUGAGCAUGAUGAUAAUAGCACUCUUUAUUUGAUGUGGUCUCAUCCAAUGUGUGAACAUUGUGAAUUAAAGGGAACAAGAUGUGGAUUCAAGGAUAUCACAACAAGGAAUAAUACUACCAGUUAUGAUACUACGUGUUUAGAGGUUCGUCACAAAGGCUUAUCAAACAAAUUUGUAAUUACAGGAUCAAUCUUGGGCUCACUUCUUCUAGUGUUGACCCCUGUUGUAAUUCAUUAUGUUUGCAACUCUUACAAAUCAAGGAAAGAAAGCCAAGCAAUAAUUGAAAAGUUUCUCAAGGAUUAUAGAGCUCGCAAGCCAACUCGAUAUUCUUAUGCUGAAAUCAAGAGGAUUACCAAUCACUUUGAAGUAAAGUUAGGGGAAGGAUCUUUCGGUACAGUGUUCAAAGGAAACGUUUCAUCUGAGUUCGAAGUUGCAGUUAAGAUCCUCACUAAUUCUGAAGGAAAUGGUGAAGAGUUCAUCACUGAAGUUGGAACAAUGGGCAAAAUCCAUCAUGUCAACAUUAUUCGCUUAAUGGGCUUUUGUGCUGAUGGCUUUAGAAGAGCACUAGUUUACGAAUACUUUCCAAAUGGUUCCUUACAAAAUUUCAUAAAUUCAUUAGACAAAAGCCAAAACUUUGUUGGUUGGAAAAAGCUUCAUGAAAUUGCUUUAGGUAUAGCCAAAGGAAUUGAGUAUCUUCAUCAAGGGUGCGAGCAACGCAUACUUCAUUUUGACAUCAAACCUCACAAUAUUUUAUUGGAUGAUGACUUCACUCCAAAAAUAUGUGAUUUUGGACUGGCCAAAUUGUGUUCCAAAGAUCAAAGCAUAGUGUCAAUGACUAACGCCAGAGGAACAUUGGGUUACAUUGCUCCAGAAGUCUUCUCACGAAAUUUUGGAAAUGUAUCUCACAAAGCAGAUGUUUAUAGUUUUGGGAUGUUGCUACUUGAAUUAAUAGGAGGAAGAAGGAUCACCCAUGACACAACAGAAAAUGCUCCCCACAUUCACUAUCCCGAAUGGAUCUAUAAUAUUUUAGAAGAAAGGGAGGAUGUAAGGAUACAUAUAGACGAAGACAGUGAUGCUAAAACUGUAAAAAAAUUGGGAAUAGUGGGACUGUGGUGCAUUCAAUGGCAUCCUGUGGAUCGACCAUCAAUGCAAGUAGCGGUUCAAAUGUUAGAAGGAGAAGGAGACAAAUUACCAAUACCUUCUAAUCCUUUUAAUUCUGAAGGUACAUCAACAAGAAAAAGGUCCAGCGUGCCUACAAGAAGUCUGAUGCAGGGUUUAGAAAUAAUCCAAGAAGUAGAGUGACAGUCAAUAAUGAUAAAAUAUUAACCGGUUUGGUAGAUUUUGAAGUUUGCCUUUUGUUGUGUGUUGUUAUGUCAUUUGUUCACGUAUGUUGUUUGAGCCUUGUGUCUUGAGAAGAGAAGAAUGCAACAUGUAAAGCAUAUAUCUAAGACUUCUGUUUUUU